UCACUAAAGAUGGCAGAGGGACCUUCAUCUCCUACAGAAAUGUCAGAGAUCAGCUCCAGUCCAGAUGAUCCAGUGAUCCAGAUUCUUCUGAUAGGCAGAAAGGCUUCUGGGAAAAGCUCACCAGGAAACACUAUAUUGGGAGAAACAAGGUUUAAAGAGUAUGAGUCUGAAGUGUGUGAUGGUAAAACACAGAUCGGAGAGAAGCAGGUGUGUGUGAUUAUUUCUCCAGAUCUACUGGAUCCAGAUCUGAAUAAAGAGAAGCUGGAGAUGCUGAAAGAGCAGCUGGUCUCUGGAUGUUCAGCAGGUCUCAGUUCAGUUCUGCUCACUGUUCCUCUAGAGGAACCUGUGGGAAAUGAGGAAGAGAUCCUGGAUUUCAUUAAGUGUUUAUUAGGUCCUGAAGUUCAGAAGUACAUCAUGAUUCUGUUCACAUAUGGAGACGAACUGGAGGAUCUGGAACAGACCACUGAUGAACAUCUAAAACAGAAAGAUCGUGCUGAUCUCCAGCGACUGUUGACUGAAUGUGGAGGAAGAUUUUACUGUUUCAAUAUCAAGAGUAAAUCAGAUGGUCAGAUACAAGGACUACUGCAGAAGAUUGAAGGAAUAAUGAUGAAGAACGGAGGGAAAUUUAUCAUGGAACGAAUGAAGAGGAGCAACAGCAAAUUUCAGAAGAAUCUCCAGCUGAAGAUCCAGAUUCAUCAGGUUCCUGAGAGGAAAGAUCAGAUCAGGCUGGCUUCUGCUGGGAAAACAGGAUCUGGAAUAAGAGCCACUGGAAACACCAUUCAUCGGAAGAAACAUAUUUGA